AUGGAGUGCAAGAGAUUUUUAUUUUCAUGUUUAUUGUCUGUAUCGGCUGCCUUAUGUUUUGCUACCGGCUCUGCCUUCGCAUCGAAAGACCUUUUCGCGGAAAAAAAUACCCUGGCGGACUUGGACGAUCUGCAGAAGUCGAGUGCGAACACGUGCACCAGUGAACAGUCGCCUAUUACAAUAAAUGUUGGGCCUAACGAAGAAGAAGCAACCUUCAAGUGUGAUGGUUCUCUUACUACCCUAGAACCGGCAGACUGUUCCGGCGACGCUUGCCAGUCGCCGGUGGUGGUGACCUUGGAGCAACCAAAGGCACAGAUGAUUUAUGAUGAAGAGAAGUGCGAAACCCCAAAGCUUUUAGAAGACGUCUUCCCCGGAGCCACGCGGAAAGACAAUGUGCAUGAAAACACUUACACGUUGACUAUCCCCAAGAAAAACAGGAAACAGAAAGACGCUUGGUAUCAGUGCAAAAGUGCACUGUUGUCGCGAACCAACAAUUCUUGCAAAGUUAAAAUCAGCGUCGCUGCGGGGCCAACUGAAGAUCAGUCGGAUGACACCACGUGCUCCCAGGAAGGUUCGAGUAUUACAAUAAAUGUUGGGGCUGAACAAGAAGAAGCAACUUUCAAGUGUGGUGGUUCUCUUACUACCCUAGACCCGGUGGACUGUCCCGGCGGUUCUUGCCCAGCGGCAGUGGCAACCUUUGACGUACAGCCGGUACAGAUGAUUUAUGAUGACGAGAAGUGCCAAACAGCAAAACCUUUAGAAGACGUCUUCCCUGGAGCCAAGCGGGUGGACGGUUCGCCUGAAAACACUUACAGGUUGACUAUCCCCAAGAAAAACAGGAAAAAGAAAGACGCUUGGUAUCAGUGCAAAAGUGCAUUGCCACGAUCGAACAAUCCUUGCAAAGUUAAAAUCACCGUCGCUGCGGGGCCAAGUGAAGACCUGUCGGAUGACACCACGUGCUCCCAGGAAGGUUCGAGUAUUACAAUAAAUGUUGGGGCUGAACAAGAAGAAGCAACUUUCAAGUGUGGUGGUUCUCUUACUACCCUAGACCCGGCAGACUGUCCCGGCGGUUCUUGCCCAGCGGCGGUGGCAACCUUUGACGUACAGCCGGUACAGAUGAUUUAUGAUGACGAGAAGUGCGAAACUCCAAAGCUUUUAGAAGACGUCUUCCCUGGAGCCACGCGGGAAGACGGUUCGACUGAAAACACUUACAGGUUGACUAUCCCCAAGAAAAACAGGAAAAAGAAAGACGCUUGGUAUCAGUGCAAAAGUGGAUUGUCACGAUCGAACAAUCCUUGCAAAGUUAAAAUCACCGUCGCUGCGGGGCCAAGUGAAGACCUGUCGGAUGACACCACGUGCUCCCAGGAAGGUUCGAGUAUUACAAUAAAUGUUGGGGCUGAACAAGAAGAAGCAACUUUCAAGUGUGGUGGUUCUCUUACUACCCUAGACCCGGCAGACUGUUCCGGCGGCUCUUGCUCACCGGUGAUGGCAACCUUUGACGUACAGCCGGUACAGAUGAUUUAUGAUGACGAGAAGUGCCAAACAGCAAAACCUUUAGAAGACGUCUUCCCUGGAGCCACGCGGGAAGACGGUUCGCCUGAAAACACUUACAGGUUGACUAUCCCCAAGAAAAACAGGAAACAGAAAGACGCUUGGUAUCAGUGCAAAACCAACGGGCGAACCAAAAAUCCAUGCAAAGUUAAAAUCAGCGUCUCCGCGGGGCCCGAGGAGCCGCCCGCUCCAUCAACGGAGAACAUAUGCACUGCCGGUGGAGUGCUGAAUGUGAAUGCGUCACCUGAGACGCCUCUCAAAUUCGUCUGCCCGGAAGAUCUUCCCCUGAAGCCAACCAAUAAGAAUCGCGUGUACGACAACAGUGAUGAUAGAUGCCACACGGAGGUGGAUUUGUCUACUCUCGUAGAUGCGGAACUGACUGGAGCCACUCCGGCUAUAUUGGAACCGGGGGCUUCACUGUAUACACUCAAUGUUAAAAAGCUGCCCCAGAAAAAAGCACUGCUCUGCUAUAAGUGCGCAACCAACAAUAAUUUGGAAACCUUGAGGCGAUCGAACGGAGUUGAAUCUAACGAUUGUUUGGUUAAAGUUGAAAUCGAGGCGGAUCCUACGGCAACGACUUCGUCGACGCAGACUCCGACGACGUCAUCGGCUAUCACUCCGGAAAGUACACUUGCGGCGUCUUGCAACGUCCUAAUUGUGGGUUUGUUAGCGGGAGCGAUCCACACGAUCUAA